AUUUGCAAAAGAAGAUUCGCCUUGGGCAUCGCCGACCCGAGUUCACGGCUCACCAAGUCAUCACACAUCGCGUUAUGUCGAAUACGCUGACUUCGAUUCAAAGCAAUGCGUCGAAUCCGAAGGUAUGGGUAGUGAUCGGUGUGACGGUGGCCGGGAUCGUGAUUCUGGCGGAGACCCGUAAGCGGCGGAUUAAAGCCCGUAGAGAAGAGGACUUUGGUGCUUUCUUAGAUCGUUUCGAACUUCUCCCUUUUCCCCCGCCGCCUCCUCCUGCCGCCAAACAAUCCCUUUCCGGUCUUACUCUCUCCAUCUCCGACGCGUUCGAUGUUAAGGAUUAUAUCACAGGAUUUGGUAGUCCACAAUGGAAGAAGACUCACGAGGCUGCAGAGGAAACUGCUGUGGUUGUAACAACGCUCUUGAAAAAUGGAGCUACUUGUGUUGCCAAGACAAUCAUGGAUGAGAUGGGUUUUGGGAUAACUGGUGAAAACAAGCACUAUGGCACUCCUAUAAAUCCGUUAAUGCCAUCUAAUGUUCCUGGAGGCUGUUCCAGUGGCUCAGCAGUUUCUGUUGGAGCUGAACUCGUUGACUUCGCACUUGGUAUCGAUACCACUGGCGGUGUUAGAAUCCCAGCAUCAUUUUGUGGCAUUCUCGGCUUCCGACCAUCUCAAGGUACUGUUACUUCAGUUGGAGUCUUGCCCAAUUCCCAGAGCCUAGAGACUGUUGGAUGGUUUGCCCGUGACCCAUCUGUUUUGUGUCAAGUUGGGCAUGCCUUGCUUAAUCUGAGUGCAGUAACACAUAAAAGGCAGAGAUCUUUAAUCUUCGCUGAUGAUUUAUUCGAGCUCUGUGAUAUUCCUAAGCAAAAGUCAGUGCAUGUUGUCAGAAAGGCAAUCGAAAAUCUAUCUGGCUACCAAACUCCAAAACAUAUCAGCGUUGGUCAAUAUGUCGCUUCAAAUGUACCAAGUCUAGCGGAAUUCUGUGAGCAAUCUAGAAAAUCGCCGAAUUCAGCAUCAACUCUGAGGGCUCUUUCAUCUGUGAUGUUGUCAAUACAAAGGCAUGAGUUUAAAACAAAUUAUGAAGAAUGGUCGCAAACAUGCAAAUCGUUUCUAGGGCCAAGGUUAUCCAAUGAUGUUGUUGCAGCUCUGAAGAGCAGAAACGAAGGCAUUAAAUCCCUCUACAGAGUGAAAACUGAGAUGCGAGCCGCCAUUCAGAGCCUUCUAAAGGAAGAUGGAAUUCUGGUGAUCCCCACAGUCGCUGAUCCCCCGCCAAAGCUUAACACAAAGAACAAGGACGCUGUGAAAGAGUUUCUUGACCGAAAUUAUGCACUCUCAAGCAUUGCUAGCAUGUCUGGGUGUUGUCAGGUUACAAUUCCUUUAGGGAAACAUGGUGACUAUCCAAUAUCCGUGUCUUUCCUUACUUACUAUGGAGGCGAUAAGUUCCUUCUGGAUACAAUUCUCGAUGUAUAUGCGUCGCUUCAGGACCAAGCCGACAUUGCAUCUAGCUUAGCUCCCGUGACUGACUCCAAUGGUAUGGGGGCUUCUGAAGUUAUGAAGGAAAAGGGAAAUGCUGCAUUCAAGGGGAGACAAUGGAGUAAGGCAGCAAGUUUUUAUACUGAAGCUAUCAAAUUGAAUGGAGCAAAUGCUACUUAUUUCUGCAAUAGAGCUGCAGCCUACUUGGAACUUGGCCGCUUCCAACAAGCUGAGGAAGAUUGUACCGAGGCUGUAUUGAUCGACAAGAAGAAUGUAAAAGCAUAUUUGAGACGAGGGACUGCUAGAGAAUCACUUAUACGGUACAAGGAAGCUGCUGCAGAUUUCAGGCACGCAUUGGUACUUGAACCCCAAAACAAGACGGCGAAGAUUGCUGAGAAGCGUCUCCGAAAACUCAUGAUACUUUAUACAAUUUCAAUAAUCCACAGCUUCACGGCGUCGCGCGAUUGGUUAUUCCGGCAAUCAUUCGCAAACGCCGGUCUUCGUUCCGUCACCACCGAUCUCUCCUACGGAAAUUCGAUCGCGUCGACGGCUAUGCAUUGCUGGAUCCCUAAAUCCCCAAGUCGAUCCAAACCGAAUCUCCUCCUCGUCCACGGAUUCGGAGCAAACGCAAUGUGGCAAUACGGAGAACAUCUCCGAGCUUUCACCGGCCGAUACAACGUCUACGUUCCCGAUCUCCUCUUCUUCGGACUGUCUUCCACAUCGGAACCGAACCGAACGGAAUCAUUCCAGGCUCGAUGUUUGAUGAGGUUAAUGGAAGCGCACGGAGUCCAGAGGAUGAACAUUGUCGGGAUUAGCUACGGUGGAUUCGUUGGGUACAGUUUAGCGGCGCAGUUCCCGGAGAAAGUGGAGAAGCUGGUGCUAUGCUGCGCCGGGGUUUGCUUGGAGGAGAAAGAUAUGGAGGAUGGGUUGUUCAAGGUUCCGAAUCUAGAAGAAGCCACCGGGAUUCUGAUUCCUCAGACGCCGGAAAAGCUUAAGGAACUCAUUAGAUUCUCUUUCGUCAAGCCGAUCAAAGGCGUUCCAUCGUUUUUUCUCUGGGAUUUUAUCGACGUAAUGUGUACGGAGUUUGUAGAGGAGAAGCGAGAUUUGAUCAAAUCAAUACUCAAAGAUCGGAGACUUUCAGAUCUUCCUAGGAUCAAACAGAAAUCUUUGAUCAUAUGGGGAGAAGAAGAUCAAAUAUUUCCACUGGAACUAGGUUACAGAUUGAAAAGGCAUAUAGGAGAAAAUGCAGAGAUAGUGGUGAUCAAGAAGGCAGGACAUGCUGUGAAUUUGGAGAAGUCCAAAGAGUUCCUCAAGCACUUGAAGUCUUUCCUCAUUGAUUCUUUAUGAUUACUGUUUUAUUUAUUCCUUUUCUGUAACGAUACACUAUUUUUCGUUACUGCACAUUGAAAGUUUUCUCUCAAACACGAUUGUUUAAUUUACAACAGGCAUUAGUGAUUCAAAACAGGUAUAGUUUGAUGAGACAAUUUUUAACUUGCAAGAACCUGGUAAAUAAU